AUGCCAGAAAAAGACAAGCGUCUGAUACAACUUCGUCGCAAUUUGCACAAACUAAGUAAAUCAUUAGAGGACGCGAAGUAUGACCGAUCUCAUGCCACAGCUCCUUUUAAAGGCUUAGACAAAGUCGAGCAUUACUUAACUAAAAUUACUGAAGUGAUGUCAGAUAAUACUGUUAUAACCCAAGACUUCUCUCCUGAACUUAUUGUCGAGUUUUUAGAUUGUUGGGACGCGAUUUUGGAACAUGUCAUUCGAAUGCCGCAACACAAAUUGAUCCCAAAUCUGUAUAUUCUUAUGUGCCAAAUCGUCGAAAUCAAACAACUCCAACCGAUGUCACUCGCAGACUUCCCAGCACCCGACGAGGUCUCUCCGCAAAUCGAAAAGCUCUUGGUCUUUUAUUACAACAAUUUGUCAAAGACGGCGUUGUACUGCUUACUUGCGUUGUCCUCUGCUGAAGAGGUCGAAACUGCUGAGAAGAGAGAAAAGAAGUCUACGUCUCUAGCUGCUUCUCCAGCCAAGAAACGAACGUUUGAAUUCCAAACUAAAGUUCGGCCGUUUGCCGAAGACUUUUACGAAGAGGCUGCCCGUGUCUUUGUUUUAGUUUCCAUCAAAAUCACAUCUUUAUAUGAAAAAGUUCUUCAAACGGUUCGUUUUGUGACUGCGGGGAAAGUCCUCGACAAAGAAGAAAAGGAAGAAAUAUUAAGUGAAGAGAUGAAAGAGAACUUCCCCGUCUUUAAGAAGUGGGAAAGUUAUGAGAAGUUCAUAACAGGGAAGAACAAACAGUGUUUGAAGUACUUCACUGCACUGAGUGAAUUUGAAAGCUCGUGGUUAGUCCAUUUUGAGUAUAGAGGACGCUUUGAAAUGCAAUAUAUGAGAUGUUGGAUCGAACAUGUGACUUUGUUUGCAAAGGAUGAUAUUAAAGAGUUUCCCGGCUACAAAAUCUUCCACAACGAAAUCCUCGCGUUAACUGAAUUCCCAAGUGACAUGUUCUCACCUUCAUUUGUCUGCGCGGAAGCAUUUGGGGCAUUCAGUUUAGUUGACGAAAAUGUGUAUACCACUGUGAUUGAAAAGAAGUCGAAGAAGACGAAUUUCUAUGACGUGGAUGGGAUGGGCGAUUUAUUGUUAGUUGAGCAUUUUAUGUACACGUAUUUCUGUAAUACCAAUUUUGAAGUCCCGAAGUUUAACAGCGAUCUCUUUGUCAAGAUUCAUACGAAAAUUCUUGAGAGCGACUCGUACGCAUUGACAUGUUUGACUCUAUCUACCUUGUACCAAGCACUUCUUUGUGUCAGUUUUGAAGACCGAAAGGCACUUGUCAAUUACGUCCUUUCAAAGAACUUCUUUAAUAAAAUGUUUUGUCAUUGGAAUCAUUACGUGCGAAUGUUUUUCUGCGAGUUACUCUUGUACAGGUCGACGAUGUCCCCCUCAUGGAAUCGAGUCAAAACUAACACUUUGCUUCCUCCGGAAAAGAAGACGUACGACGCAGCAAAGUUGAGUGGGUCCGACAUGCUCAAAUUCGACCAAAACACGCUCGACUGCAUCAAGCAGAACAUCUCGAAUUUGAAGGCCGCACAGAAGAACCCAAACCUCGUUGCAGACAAAAAGGUGAUUAAGUACGUCCAACACGGAAUAAAAGACUACGACGCUGAGAUGAAAGACUAUACUGCCUGGGAGAAAAAUAAUCCGUUGGCCCCUUUGUAUAACAUGCUCGAGAUGACUCGACUCAACAGACUCGAUCAGAAUGUGAUGUAA